AUGAGAUUGUCCUUCCAGGGCUGUGGCCUCUCUGAGGAGCUUCUGUCUCAUGGCAUCUUGGAACCGCUGAGGGGCCUGGUGGAAGGAAUGGUGGUGAAGGAAGGCUCCUGCAAUUACGUGGCACCCCAGGGCAUGUCCUCGGUUGUCAAGUAUUAUUUAAAGCAGUCAGGUGCAGAUGUCUCCUAUGAGCAGCAUGUAACUCACAUCUCUCUCCGAGAUGGGAAGUGGGAAGUCUCCAGGAAAACGGGACCACCGGAGCAGUUUGACAUCGUCAUCCUCACAAUGCCCGUUCCACAAAUUCUUCAGCUGCAAGGUGACAUUGUAAACUUAAUUAGUGAAAGUCAAAAGCAGCAACUGGAAUCUGCAAGCUACUCCUCCCGCUAUGCUCUGGGACUUUUUUAUGAAGCUGGUACCCGGAUUGAUGUCCCCUGGGCUGCCCAGUACAUCACUGGUAAUCCCUGCAUACGCUUCAUCUCCAUCGAUAAUAAGAAACGCAAUAUAGAGUCUUCUGAAGUCGGGCCCUCGGUCGUAGUUCACACAACUGUGACAUUUGGGAGUGAGCACCUGGAUUCAGACCCUGCAGAGGUGCAGCAGUUGAUUCUCAGUCACCUGGAGAAGGUCAUGCCAUCCUUACCUCAACCAGCCAGCAUCAAGUGUCAGAAAUGGAGGUACUCACAGGUUACAAAAGCUGUUCCCAAUUGUCAGGGACAUAUGAUUCUUCAUACUCAACCUCUUCUGAUUUGUGGGGGUGAUGGAUUUACUCAUUCCAACUUCGAUGGCUGCAUAGAUUCUGCUGUGAGUCUUGCAGAAGCUGUGAAGUCUCAUUUACAGCAAUUUUAA